AUGCACCCUGCUGCUAUCCUCCCCACACCUAUGUCCUCCGCGACACCUUGCUCGACCUUGAGCUGUUGCUCGGGUGACGGCGCGUCCGCGACCCAUGCGCAGACCCCUUCUGCGCACGGUCGGCUCGGCCUCCCGGUCGCGGCCCGCGUCGUCGGCGAGCGAGCUUACUCUCCCUCGUUGAUGCGAGACCUGCUGCAUCCCGCCGGAUGCUGCAUCGGCGCAUCAACGACGCGCUCGUCGCCCUCCGUGGUGUCGCUGGUCGCCUGA